AUAUAUAUAUACAUACACAGCCGUAACAGUAUCUUGGACUCCAGUUUCUACUCCUAUAAGCACAACCAUACACACAUCUUCAAUUCAAAUCAAUGGCUUUCACCAACUCCAUUAAAGCAGUCAAUCUCAAAGCUGAAGCACCUUCUGCUCUCCUAUCCACCGGAAAUCGGAUCGCCGCUCUUCGUUUCUCCAGCUCCGUUUCAACCAAAAUUUUUAAUGCUCCAAAUCAGAGAUCUAUUUCCUGCGCCAGAUCUUCCAAACCUCUCACUCCUCAAGCAUUCUGGCCCUUCUCUAGCAAACCCAAGCCAGAGCCUUCACCUCCACCUAGGGUUCAGGAGCUGUACGUGUACGAGAUGAACGAGCUCGAUCGCGGCAGCCCGGCCUACCUGCGGCUAAGCCAGAAGGAGCAGAACACCCUCGGCGAUCUCGUCCCCUUCUCCAACAAGCUCUACUCCGGCGACCUGCAGAAAAGAUUGGGGAUCACGGCCGGCCUCUGCGUGCUCAUCCAGCACUUCCCCGAGCAGAAUGCCGACCGCUACGAGGCGAUCUACAGCUUCUACUUCGGCGACUACGGCCACAUUUCGGUGCAGGGCGCGUACCUCACACGCUCCGACACUUACCUUGCCGUCACGGGCGGCUCCGGCGUGUUUGAGGGCGUUUCUGGCACGGUCAAGCUGCAGCAGAUAGUGUUCCCGUUUAAGCUCUUCUACACGUUUUAUUUGAAGGGGAUCAAGGAUUUGCCGGCGGAGCUGGUGGUGACCCCGGUGGCGCCGACGCCCUCGGUCGAGCCGUCGCCAGCUGCGAAGGCCGCUGAGCCUCAGGCCGCAAUUGCUAACUUCACAAAUUGAUGUUUUUGGGGAUUAGUUUGUGGUGUUGGUGUUUUGAGCUGAGGUUUUUAUUGUAGUAUGAUUGUUGGAAUUUGUUAUGCAUUAAUCAAGAUUCAUAUUUACAUGAUUUAGAAAGAGUGGUUGUGGUAUCA